AUGAGCAACUUCUACGAACAGUUGACCUCCAACAAUGGCGGUCUCUCUAAUGCCCUCAACAAAUGUAUCAAUUAUCUCGAAGAACGCAUUCCUGGUUACACCAGCAGGUCGUCAUGGCUGGCGUAUUUCAAUGAUAUAACGUCUACGUCCAGAGAAGAGCUCAUUGACGAUAUCAGUAAUUUGAGAGUGACUCCAGCCACGACGACGGUGGUGUUGACGACGUUUUUGACGAUUUUGGUAGCCAGUAAGCUUUUAGGUGGCAGUCUGGCGCCAGCGUCGAAGAAGAAGCCCAAGACGAAAAAGAAGAAGAAGAGUAAGGCCCAGAUCGCCAACGGCGAGAUCCAGAAGAUCUUGGAUAACGUGGAGGAGACGUUUGUGGCUCAGAUAGACGAGUACAUUGACAACUAUAAGGAAUUGAGCGACGACAAGAAGGAAAACACAUACAACUACAUUCAGGAAAUGUUAUUGAAAGAGUUGAUGAAGCUAGACGGCAUUGAUGUGGAUGGCAACGAGGUUUUGCGUGACAACAGGAAGAAGGUGAUUCGGUUUAUCCAGGAGCACCAGUCCAGAUUGGACAAGUUCAAGAAGGACAAUUAG